UUAAUAACAAACAAAAGCAAACAAACAAACAACAAAAACUACUUCAACACGGGAAAACCUGAAAGCUCGCAAACAAAAUUCAGUCGUGAGCCAGCCUUCAGUCAGCACAGCAGUUAGCUUUUGUCGUCCAGCGACAACUAUUUGGGUUUAUUCGAGUUUGAACCGGUUUACUUCGUAACGACCCCGCCCGCGCUAAUUAAUAGCCAAAAACAAAGAAGGAAAAAAUAAACAGUAAAAAGUUAUACCAAAUGCCGUACAUUAUCAUACGCGGCAAUCUAGCCUCCUACAGUCACAAAUAUCCAUGGCGUGUACUUGUCUCUGGACUGAAAGCUGACGACAUCGAACAGUUGAACAAGUUCUCGUGCGGCGGCUACAGUGAUGAGUCCACAAUUGUCUACCUAGUGCAUCCGUGUCGCAUUCUAUCAGCCUUAGAGAUUUUGGGUUUUCGCGUUGUGGCCAGCUCAUCGACGGCCGUUAAGCAGGACUAUAACGAAUAUAUGUGGACCAUGCGCAAGGAUUUCGACGAGCCCGAACCAGAAUCCGAGUCCGUAUCCGUAGUGCGCGAGAAUCUAUCGAACAUAGGUCGCGAGGCGGCCAGUUUAGGCAAUUAUCACAAGGUUGAUUCGCCCGAGUAAAAGUUCUCUCCGAAUUUCUCUCUCGGUUUGUGUGUGUGUGUGUGUUUGUAUCAUGUAUUUGUGUGUGUAUGUGUGUAUGGAGAAAAUAUAGCAACCUGACAAGUGGAAAUAGAAAGAAUAGAAAAAUUAAGUAACCAAGCCUUUUCGAUAUAAUUUUCAUAUAUGUGUGUGUUUAGU